AGAGCCGAAAAAAAGCUCAAAAAUCCCCAAAUCCAGCGGCACAGUAGCAGUCCGCACUCCCCAGCAGCGACCGACCACCAACUAGGCAAACCCCUCGUACAGGAUGGCGCCGCUCUAUCUCCUCCUCCUCCUCAUCCUCCCCUCGCUCCUCGCUGCUCCGGCCUGCGCAGAGGAGGUCCCGGACCGCUACGCCGUCCUCCAGGCCCCGCGGGCCGCGGCGGCCAAGGAGUACCUCGACCCGACCUUCCCGCUUCCCCAGCCCCCACCGGCGGCGCCGUCCUGCACCGUGCCGGUCCUCUCCUACUCCUUCGGCGACACCUACGGCGCCGCGCCGGCCAAGGCCUCGUACGCGCCCCCCGCCGGGUGCCCCGCGCCGUGGUCGCUCGUCGUGCUCACCUUCUCCGCCUCCUGCGCCGGCGACCAGUACGACCGCGUCGCCGCCGUCUGGCUCGACGGCGCCGAGCUCCUCCGGACCACCACCGCGGAGCCGACCCCUGAGGGCGUCCGCUGGACCGUCCGCAAGGAUGUCACCCGCUAUUCCGCCCUCCUCCGCUCCCCGCCCGGCGGCGUCCUCUCCGUCAUGCUCGAGAACGUCGUCAACGACAAGUACACCGGAGUGUACAGCGUCAACGUCUCCCUGGAGUUCCACGGAACCCCGCCUUACCUCUCCGACGCAGCAGCCUCCUCCUCUUCCCCUGCCGGCGUCGCCAGCAACGAUCCCGAGGCACCUAUGCUGCCGGAUUCAUACUUCCAGCCGGCGGAUCUCAUCAUCCCGAUCUCGGAUGGCAUCGGGAAUGGCAAAGGCGGCUACUGGUUCCGCAUCCAGAACGCGUCGGAUUCGCACUCCAAGUUCGUGACCAUUCCGUCGAGCACCUACCGUGCAGUCCUGGAGGUCUUCGUGUCCCCUCACUCCAACGACGAGUACUGGUACUCCAACCCGCCAGACAUCUACAUCAAGGAGAACAACCUCACCACGCGGAGGGGCAACGCGGCGUACCGCGAGGUCGUCGUCAGCGUGGACCACCGCUUCGUCGGCUCGUUCGUGCCGUUCCCGGUCAUCUACACGGGCGGCAUCAACCCGCUCUUCUGGCAGCCGGUGGCCGCGCUCGGCGCGUUCGACCUGCCCACCUACGACGUCGAGCUGACCCCAUUCCUCGGCCUCCUGGUCGACAGCAACGCCCACGAGAUCGGCCUCAGCGUGGUGGACGGCAUCGCCGAGUGGCUCGUCGACGCCAACCUGCACCUCUGGCUGGACCCCAGCACGUCGGACGUCCACGCCGCGCUCGGCUCGUACCAGACGCCGCGCCUGAAAAUCUCCCGCCAGUACUCGACGCGGCUGCUCGAAGGCAGGUUCAAGAUCAAAGCCAAGAGGAGAUCCUCCUUCAGCGGCUGGGUCAAGUCCUCGUUCGGCAACUUCACCACGGAGGUGGAGACGGAGCUGAAGGCGACCAGCCUGGUCGAGUUCACCGGCGACGGCAAGAACAAGACCGUCUCGCUGGAGGCGAAGCAGGAGACGAAGACGCUGAUCCGGGCCGACACGAGGAAGGUGAUCGGCAAGGUGGAGAGGGAGGCCAAGUACCCGUUGUCGCUCUUCACGGAGACAGAGGACGGCGAGAACGGCACGUCCCUCAUCACGGUGACCCUGUCCCACGGCCUCAGCGUGGAGACGGAGACCGAGACGAGGGCCUUCGAGAGCAAGGAGAAGCUCGACGACCGGCAGACCGCGGAGGGGUGGAUGGUCGUCAUGGACCACGACGUGGUGAACGGGUCGGUGGCGACGACGCAGGCGUACCGCUUCAGCGACGAGGACAGGGAGUACGAGCGGACGAUCGACGUCAUGGACGGCGCCGUGCUGAGCGACAACGUCACCGAGAGCUUCAGCGCCCUGGCUGGCGCCGGCGCGGCGGACGCUUGCUGGCGCUGCCGUGGAAGGAGCUGCGACGGAGCCGGCGCGGCGGCGUGCCGGGUCCACGCCGGCAUUGCUGCGCUGCAAGGCCCGGACCAAGAUUAGCGUGAUCGAUUGAUACGAAAUUAAUACAGGUGGAAUUCGUCGCCUCGAAGAAUUCUUGUGUGCAGAGCUGUUUCCAAGGGCAUCGACGUGAUCAAGAUUACCGUUUUCUUUCUCAGGGGUAACUUUAACUCUGCACUGUGAUCUGUAUUUAGCAUAUAGCUUCAGCAAUGUUCUGUAUGUAUGCCGUGUAUAGGGUUUUGUUUAUGUGAUCAUCGUUUCUGCCUUUUGCAUUUCUGUUCUGAAAAGUUUUGCGGUGCAGGUUUUGGAUGUGUCUGUUUCAAUAAAAGCAUAAUAAAGCUGAAAAUUGCAGACUGUUAUAU